CAGGUUAUUGCGACGACUCGCCUGGGCAGUCAACCUGGAGGCGUUGCAAGAGGCUGUGCGAUCUCCUGAGUCGCAGCAACCAGCCUUGCAAGAGGCAGCAGCGGUUGCUAUCCUGCAGCAUUGCUGACCGACCCCUAGCUGCAAGUCAUGUCCGUCGUCGUGACGGGCGCGGCGGGAUUUUUAGGCAACCGGCUGGCGCAAAACCUGGCGAAGCGCGGGGCGCAAGUCGUACUCUGCGACCAAAUAGAACCGCCCGUCGUGCCGGCCGGCGGCCGCGCCCUCGUCGGCCCGCUCGAGGAGACGUUGGGAGCCGCGAUCGCGAGCGACACGCGGGCCGUCGUUCAUUUGGCGGCCGUCGUGAGCAGCGGCGCCGAGCGGGAUUUUGAUUUGGGCUACCGCGUGAACGUCGACGGUUUGAGGGGGACGCUCGAGGCCUGCCGCGCCAGGUGCGCGCAGCCGCCCAAGUUCGUCUUCGCGAGCUCGCUGGCGGUCUUCGGGGCCACGGACGCGGCCGACGACGCGACGCCGACGACGCCGCUCAACUCGUACGGCGCGCAGAAGGCCAUCGGCGAGCUGCUGGUCAACGACUACUCGCGGAAGGGCUUCGUCGACGGGCGGUCCGUCCGCCUGCCCACGAUUUCGAUCCGGCCCGGCGCGCCGAACGCGGCCGCCUCCGGCUUCGCGUCGUCGAUCCUCCGCGAGCCGCUGGCGGGCCAGAGGGCCGUGUGCCCCAUGGACCUCGACACGGACCUCUGGCUCGCGUCGCCGCGGAGCGCGCUGCGGUCGCUGGAGCACGCGCUGGACGUGGACGGCGCGGCCUUUGGCGACUACCGCUGCGUGAACGCGCCCGGCGUCACGGUGUCCGUCGAGGAGAUGCUGGCGGCGCUCGCGCGGCACGGCGGCGACCGGGGGCUCGUGGACUUCGUGCCCGACCCGGCCGUGGCGGCCAUCGUCGGCACGUGGCCGGCGCGCUUCGACACGUCCAAGGCCGCGGCCAUGGGCUUUCCGGACGCGUGUUCCAUCGACGCCAUGGUCCGCAGCCACAUCGAGGACGAGCUCAACUAACAA